CCAAACUCUAACCCUGUAAGUCAGCACUCGGGUCGGGUAUUGGUUGAAGCUAUGGCGAUUGCUGCUCGUUCUUCUUCAGGAUGGGUGCUCGUUCUGGUCGCAGUAGCAGCCCUUGCUGUCGGAAGAGUUGCCGGAAAUUCUGAAGGAGACGCUCUCUACGCGCUCCGGCGUAGCCUUUCAGACCCGGAUAAAGUGCUCCAGAGCUGGGAACCCAAUCUGGUGAACCCUUGCACCUGGUUCCAUGUCACUUGCAACAGUGAGAACCGAGUUACUCGCCUGGACCUUGGAAACGCAAACCUAUCUGGGCAUCUGGUGCCUGAUCUAGGGAAGCUUGAGCAUCUAGAGUAUCUUGAACUUUACAAAAAUAACAUUCAAGGGAAAAUUCCUCAUGAGCUUGGUGAAUUGAAGAACCUUAAAAGUUUGGAUCUGUACAACAACAACAUGUCUGGGAAAAUUCCUCGUUCAUUGGGGAAGUUAAAAAACCUUGUCUUCCUACGUCUUAACAAUAAUCAGUUUGCUGGAAGAAUUCCCAGGGAAAUUGCUAGUAUUUCUACCCUUAAAGUCAUGGAUGUAUCAAGCAACGAUCUGUGUGGAACUAUUCCAACCACUGGUCCAUUUGAGCACAUUCCGCUUAACAACUUUGAGAAUAAUCCUCGGCUGGAAGGCCCCGAGCUGAUUGGACUUGUAAGUUAUGACACAAAUUGCUAGGCGGUCGCACUUUUGUUGACUCAUGUAAAAGUAAUACUGUUCCGACCUGGAGGGUUACAUAUAAUUUCGUUAGUAAAUAUGUAUAUCGCUAUACUGCCCUGCGUCCUAAUUUCUGAAAAGUACUGUUCCUUGUUGAUGUAGGAUUUUUAUCCAAAUUACCAGGAUAUGUGUGAUACUGCUGUACUUUUGCCAAAAGUUAAUUAUGACAAUAUAUGAGUUCACUGGAAUUGAUGUUUGGUUUUGCUGAUACC